ACUGCGGACCUGGGCUGUUUUUCAGCUGCAGAUGGUGACUUUUCUGCAGCAACUGAGGCUGUGAUCCACCUUCCACAGACAUCGCUGACUAAACUUGAUACUGAGGACGUGGCUUGUGCUCCAGUGGUUACUGAAGACAGGGAUCCGCCUCCAGCAGUGGCUCAGGAGCUUUCAAAGACAGAACUGGAUAUGCAGGACUUAAGAAAUCCUGAGCUGUCUUUGCAAGACUUGUCUAGAGGUGAGCUGGGGAUUCAGGACACUGGCAGUACUCCAGAGAAGACACAGGUUGUGGGCAGGGCCCUGCCACAUUCUCAAGAUCUUCCUGUGAAUAAUCUGGAUGCUGCGGACCUGGGCUGUUCUCCAGCUGCUGAUGGUGACUUUUCUGCAGUGACUGAGGCUGUGAUCCACCUUCCACAGAUGACCCUGACUAAACUUGAUACUGAGGACAUGGCUUGUGCUCCAGUGGUUGCUAAAGACACAGGUCCGUCUCCAGCAGUGGCUCAGGAGCUUUCAAAGACAGAACUGGAUAUGCAGGACUUAAGAAAUCCUGAGCUGUCUUUGCAAGACUUGUCUAGAGGUGAGCUGGGGAUUCAGGACACUGGCAGUACUCCAGAGAAGACACAGGUUGUGGGCAGGGCCCUGCCACAUUCUCAAGAUCUUCCUGUGAAUAAUCUGGAUGCUGCGGACCUGGGCUGUUCUCCAGUUGCUGAUGGUGACUUUUCUGUAGUGACUUUUAUAAAAUGUGCAACAGUUAAAGGACAGGUUUUAGAGCAGACUGAUCGCCACAUUAAAAAGUGCGGAACCACUUCAUUUGUAGAACAAAACUCUGUAGAGGUAACUGACAGAGGGGAACAGUUUAACUGUAACGACGAGUGCCGUCCGUUCCAAGUGCACGUCUCUAGAAUUGUCUCCUCCGGACGGCUCAAAAACGGAAAGCCGAUGUCUCAUCCCUCUCAACCAUCCCCACAAGCACCACCCUUCAAAGUCCUUGUGGAGAGAUGUCGCUCCGAACCCCUCUCCCAGAGCACCCCGAUGGGGCUGGACCAGGUGGGAGGGCGCAUGCAGCACUUGCUCAGAAGACGCGCUGAGAACGAACAGGCUUCAAAGACUCUGAAGGUGCGCGGGAACUGCAGGAACGGUGGACGUCGAUGGAACCUCUUCAAGCCUGGAGCUGAGAAGCUGCAAAUCAGUAGGCUGAUCAGUGGUGGUUCUAUUGUAAGUGCUGAGGCAGUAUGGGAUCACGUCACCAUGGCCAACCGGGAGUUGGCGUUUAAAGCAGGAGACGUUAUCAAGGUCCUGGAUGCUUCCAACAAGGACUGGUGGUGGGGUCAGAUCGAUGAUGAAGAAGGAUGGUUUCCCGCCAGCUUCGUGAGGCUAUGGGUAAACCAAGAAGAUGGAGUGGAGGAGGGAACCAGCGAUGUGCAGAAUGGCCAUUUGGAUCCAAGCGCCGACUGCCUCUGUCUCGGCAGGACCGUUCAGAACCGAGACCAGAUGAGAGCCAACGUCAUCAAUGAAAUCAUGAGCACCGAGCGCCACUACAUCAAGCACCUCAAGGACAUUUGCGAGGGUUACUUAAAGCAGUGCCGGAAGAGGAGGGAUAUGUUCAGUGAUGAACAGCUAAAAAUCAUCUUUGGUAACAUCGAAGAUAUCUACAGAUUUCAGAUGGGUUUUGUCCGGGACUUGGAGAAACAGUACAACAACGAGGACCCCCAUCUCAGUGAAAUUGGACCAUGUUUCCUUGAACACCAAGAUGGCUUCUGGAUCUAUUCGGAGUACUGUAACAAUCAUUUGGAUGCAUGCAUGGAGCUUUCCAAGCUGAUGAAAGAUAGCAGGUACCAGCAUUUCUUCGAAGCGUGUCGUCUGUUGCAGCAGAUGAUUGAUAUUGCCAUAGACGGUUUCCUUCUGACGCCAGUGCAGAAGAUCUGCAAAUACCCCCUGCAGCUCGCAGAGCUGCUGAAGUACACCGCGCAGGAUCACAGUGACUACAGGUAUGUGGCUGCUGCUCUUGCCGUCAUGAGGAAUGUGACUCUACAGAUCAACGAGCGGAAGCGGAGAUUGGAGAACAUUGACAAGAUAGCUCAGUGGCAGGCCUCCGUUCUGGACUGGGAGGGAGACGAUAUCUUGGACCGCAGCUCCGAGUUGAUCUACACGGGAGAGAUGUCCUGGAUUUACCAGCCUUAUGGACGGAACCAGCAGCGUGUUUUCUUUCUCUUUGAUCACCAGAUGGUUCUCUGCAAGAAGGAUCUGAUACGAAGAGAUAUUCUGUAUUACAAAGGUCGCAUAGACAUGGAUAAAUAUGAAGUGGUGGAUAUAGAAGACGGGAGAGAUGACGACUUCAAUGUCAGCAUGAAGAAUGCCUUCAAACUUCAUAACAAGGAGACUGAGGAAAUGCACUUAUUCUUUGCCAAGAAACUGGAGGAGAAGUUACGAUGGCUUAGAGCUUUCAGAGAAGAAAGGAAGAUGGUAAAAGAAGAUGAAAAGAUAGGCUUUGAAAUUUCUGAAAAUCAAAAGCGGCAAGCGGCAAUGACAGUAAAGAAAGUCAGUAAGCAAAAAGGUGUGAGCUACUCCAAGUCGGUUCCUCCAGCCUACCCACCACCCCAGGAUCCAUUAAAUCAGGGACAAUACAUGGUGACAGAUGGCAUAUCCCAGUCCCAGGUCUUCGAGUUCACCGAACCCAGACGCAGCCAGGCACCAUUCUGGCAAAACUUCAGCAGAGAGUGAGAAUGAGACAUCCAUAAUUUUUAUGAGAAGAUGCUUCCUAAAUAUUCAGCACUAGGAAAAAAGAAACACCACCGCCACACCAUUAUUUGCAUCAUAAAUCAAGACUCGCUUGAUCUGACAAGGCCACUUGUUGGACUCGCAGCUUCUUUCUUAAAUGGAAAGCCAAAACAAGCUAGCGUUGCUAGUGCUUGCCGAAGCCAGGCGGCAGGCAAAGCAGAUGCAGGCGUUUGUUCCGGAGGGAAGAGGGGCUUGGCUCUCAGGCAUGGCAUUCAAGAAAGCUCUUCCCCUCCAUAAAUUGCCAAGGUGCUGCAAGAGAUGGAGCAUUAUCACAAAGAAGAACCAGCACUGGGUCCCACUUUUACUACCUACGGUGGCUUUCCCACUAGGGAGCAGGGCUGGGCUGCCUCGUGUGUCUGAAAGCGCUGGGAGCAGCGCAGAUGCAAUCAGAUUGGGGUGAUUUUGACUGAGCAUCUGAUACAGACUUUCAUUUCAAUGCCAGACAGGAGGAACCCACUUACCAUUCCAUAUGCAGAAACAAGAGAGUUGUAACAAACUUACAUGUUUACGGUAUUUCUCUGGCUGAAUCUAUAUAUAUAUAUAUAAAAAAUAACAAUACCCUCUUCCCUAGGUAAAUGACACGCAUUACCCCUUGACCUAGACACUAGAACAGAGGAUCUAAAUUCAAGACUUUCGCCUCCCCACCCUCUCCAAAAAGAUCAAACAAGAACCAACCUAGGUGCAUCUAACAGUUGUAAAUAGAAAAUAAUACAUAGAGAAAUAUAUUUGAAAUUUGUUUCAGUUUCUGGACGGUCACUGGCCGUCCACUGCAAUGUUAUUGAUAGUACACUGUGGUGCUUUGGGUUUCUGGUUUUGUUCUCUUUAUGCUCUGUCAUCUUUUCAUUGCAGCUACAUUUCAGGGAACAUGUAUAUUUAGUAGCUAUUGUAAGUUCUGCAUGGCAUCACCAAGCUUAUUUUUCCUUAAGAAGAAAAGAAGAGUCUGUAGGAGUUUAAAGGCACUAUGACGACAGGGACUUGUAGCAGAGAAUUUAAAAAAAAAAAAAAAAAGGUUUUUAAAAUUCUAGUUUGAAGCCAAAUACUGAUAUUUUAGUGCUUUUGGGGUUUUAACAGUAAGA